GAAUGGACGAUCAAAAUACCUAGCUUCAAUAAUCAUUGCCCACCAUGUAUGCAACUAGACCACUACGCAGUGUUGAGUCUCUUUUCCGGCUGCCGGAAGGUCCUUUUUCCGGCUACCUUCUUUUGCAAAACGAAGAAGAACAAGAUCUCGAACCUAGUGUUGAAACCUGUUGUUGGGGUCUCUACAAGGACAAGCGCUUCACAGGUCCACCCUUUCCACAAAACAAAUGUCUUUCUGUUUGUUUUACAGACAGUGCUGGAGAGACGACUGUGAAUCAUGUUGAUCACACCUUCUUCAUCCCUGUUCUUGGUCAGCCUUUAACUUAUAAUCUGUACUACGUUGUUGCAGUGGAUGGCAAACAUAAAGGGUUGGUGUGCACCUGCUCACGAGAGGAAGAGAAGGUCACCUCUUGCUUCUGUACUUUUGUGGAAGACACGAAGCCGAAACCUUUUCAUCCCAAUAAUAUCUACCAACAGAUGCAAAUCAUUCCCAGAGGGAAAAUCUGUAAGGAUUUUAUAAGCACGUCUGUGGCUUCAGAUGGCUAUCCCCCGCGGUUUCUUCGAAGGAACGGAUGGGAAGUUUUUAUUUCAAAAUCAAAGAGUUUGAAAUUGAGCAAAGCAGAAGGAAUGAAUGUCGAUCUCCGUGCUCAAUUCCCCCAUAUGAACUUCCCGAUCUCGCAGAAGGGCUCAAAGAUUGUUACUGUGGGGGAGUGGUACUCUCCUUUUAUCUUUGUCAAGGAAAAGGGGGGACUUGAUAAGCCCAAGAAGCAAUUGAAGGAGAGCUUUUAUUACAAAAUGAGUUUGGAGCAACAGUGGGAAGAGAUUCAUUGUUGCAGAGGGUUUGGAAGCAAAGCUGUGGGGGUGGAAACAAGAGUAAAAAGUGAAGAGGGGUUCUUGAUGGGAAGGGUGGUGGUGGAUGAGAGGUGGGAUAUCACAAAUGGAAUGGUGUGGUUUGAAACCAGAGAGAAGAGUGGAGUGCAAGGAGGACUGAUGGGGGUUGGCUUGAGCAAGGUAAUUAUGGAGAAGAUGAAAUGGGAUCAAGAUAUACUGGGCAAUAGAGGAGAGAAGAAGGAUGUGAAAGUGGAGAGGGUUUUUCACAGUAGCCGUGAGGGUGAAUGGACCUUCGCCUUAUAUGUCUUGGUGGAGAGGUAUGUGUUAAGGAGAAUGGAUGAAAGCUUGAUCUUCAGCUAUGUCUUUAGACACUCUCAACAGUUGAGGGAAAAGUGGGAAUAGCCUUAUCCAGGCUCUAAAAUAAAACUGGUUCAAGCAAGGUCAUCAGGGGAGUCGCCCAAUUCCCCUGGUUUCCUACUUUUGAGUUUUUCUUCUAUGGUAUAUGUACACUGGUUGGAUAUCGUAUUCGCCAAAGUCGGACUGGGUGAAUCCGAAUCAGUCCCCUAGCAAUUUAGGGCCAGAUUCCGAUUUCUCGAACCCCCUGGCCUUAGCCAUGGGUUGCAUAGAGUAUGUAGUACUAUUAAUCAAUAUCUAUGAAGUUGCCAUGUUUGCAAGGACUUCAUAGACAUUGGGGCUUGUUUUACAUGAGAUUUCUUAAGAUUGAUAUGGGACAGAACCCUUUCUUGUGGUUCAUACUUUAUAA